AUGGAAGGUGCACCGAGAGGACGCGGACAAGGAUGUGGUCGUGGUCGUGGACGCGGCAGGAGAUUCAUCCCUGAAGAGCCAAUCCAACAAGUAGCACCAAAUCGUACUGCUGAAGAAAAGUUUCGCAAGGAAAAGCCUUCGACUUUUGAUGGACUAGGCGAUCCCGCGGAUGCCGAGAAAUGGGUUAGGGUAGUGGAGCAAAUUUUCAGCUACAUCCGUUGCGAUGACGAAGAUAAAGUAACUUGUGCAAUUUACCAACUGGUGGACGAAGUCGAUUUCUGGUGGGAGUCAGUCAGACGCACGACGACGGAUGAACAGUGGGAAAAUUUCACUUGGGAAGAUUUUAAGAUUGAGUUAUAUGAGAAGUACAUACCAGGAUGCUAUAGACAGAAGAAGCAUAACGAGUUCUGGAAUCUGAAGCAGAGGGCUGGGACAGUGACUGAGUACGACAGGGCCUUCAAUCAACUAUCAAGAUAUACUCCGACGUUGGUGGACACUGAUGAGAAGCGUGCAGAAAAAUUCAGAAAUGGAUUGCGCCAUGAGAUAGCGAUUUCUUUAACAACCUAA